AUGGCCGUAGCUGCGAUCAUAAAUGCCAGUCUGAACAGUAGUCUUCGAUCAUGCGCUGAAAGGGCGCUGGAGGUGGAUUCACUGCACGAACACAUCGCGUCGAAAGUAGCCCUUGGAGUAGUCUAUGUGCUGAUCUUCACCACGGCGUUGUUCGGCAACGGUCUGGUGAUAUUCGUCGUGAUCAGGAACCACAGCAUGCAGACGGUGACGAACUUUUUCAUAUGCAACCUGGCAUUGUCGGACAUAUUCGUCAACAUCACCUCACUGUGGCUGACUCCGCUGUACGUGUAUCUGGCCCGCUGGGUGUGGGGAAGGGUCAUGUGCCACAUGAUGCCACUCACGCAGGGCACCAGCAUCUUCAUCAGUUCACUGACGCUCACUGCCAUCGCCGUUGACAGGUACAUCGUCAUUCUGAAUCCGUUCAGAAAGCGCAUGACAGUCAGCACGUGCCUGACGGUGAUCGUGUCCAUCUGGCUGCUCAGUCUGAUGCUGGUCGCCCCGUACGCCCUGCAUAUGAGUCUCGUCUAUGACCAAGACUGCGGCAUCUUCAUCUGCCUCGAGGUGUGGGAGUACGUGCAGUUGCAGGCUGCUUACGGCUUCGUCGUCUUGGCGCUGCAGUUCGGAAUCCCGUUCCUCAUCAUCACCUUCUGCUACUCGAGAAUCUGGUACCACCUCAGUACAAGAAACACACUGGUGAACCUGCGAUCCAGCGCCGAGUUGCGUCGAAAGAAGCGCCUGCUCAAGGUAUGACG